UUUUUUUAAAUGCAGGUAUAAUUUAAAAUUCAGUUCAAAAGUUAUAUCGAUUAUAUAAACAUAUUCAGGAUUUUUACUUCAAUCGUAGAAUUUGCGUAUUUUAAAUCACGGCGUAAAAAUGCCGGCUACGACAAAGAGAGACUUUAAUAAAGAUUUCGAAAGAAGACUAAAGAAUUUUAAAUUUAGCGCCACAAAGCCAAAAAUAACUGAAUGGGAACGAACAAAUAUUGUGAACGAUGUAUACGAUAUUGAAAUGCAACAACGAUUUAAAUCGUUAGAAGAACGAUUAAUGUUUCGAAUGGAGGUAUGGAUCGAUGUGUGUCGAAUCGAAACGAUACGGGACGGUGCAUUAACGAGUGGUGCUGGUAAAUUUCAUAGUGCGAAACGUUUUCGAAAACAGGACGGAAAAUUAAUAAAAGUACGUUCGUUUAGUUUAGGUAAAUUUUCAGCUAAAUCUGUGGAUGAUGUCCGCGAUAUAAAAAAUACAUCUCAGAAGGAGAACCAACAUGAACAAAAAGAUCUACCUGGCCCUCUCAAAAAGAAGGUCCCCAAAGAAAGAGCGCUGAAUAUGUCUCCUGCUUAUAGCACCAGCGAUUUACUAGAACGGCGGCACCGAGAACCUGAACAGGUAUUUAACGAUGUUACGACAAAGUACGCUACGGCACCGAAACGGAAAUUUCGAUUCUUUCUUUUUGGUGGCAGUAAGAAAGAUACUAUUAAAAAAGAAAAGAAUAAACGAAAACAAAACAGUAAGGAAGACAAUACUGACAAUAAAAACGGUGCGGAAAACAACAACUUAUCGGGUAAUCACCGGGUAACCGGGACACGCCCUUCUUUAUUCGACAUGGAAUCUUUACGCGGUAGUGUUUCCGAAAUAACUAAAUUAUCCAUCAACGCAGACGGUUAUGAAGAACACGAAUACGACCCAAAUCAAAAAGUAAAGAAGGGUUCUGGGGCGAGAUAUCAUACAGUUGCGGGGAUACCAAGUCAGGAAACUUUAUUCAAAAGUCCGCACAACGAUUCGUUCCGUACAAAGAAACAUCAAGUCCACACGCCUGCUGCGCUACAAGGACCGCUUUUUUAUAACCCGCAGCGAAAGGAAGCCGAGCUUGGUCAAAUAUAAAAGAGAAAUAAUGAAAGUAUAACAUAAAUUAAAAAAUAGCAAAGCCUUAUUGACCCUAUAAUGAUUUUACAUGAAUAAGAAUACGAUUGGAAAUUUUGAUCUGCUUUUUAGGUAAAAAAAUUAUCUUAUCCAGUGAAACUUGUUAGGGUAGGAUUGUUGCAAAUUUACUCAAAGUUUAGUACUGGGAAAAAUUCAAUUUGCAAAAUGCUUUACUGGUGGCAUAGUUAAAGUAUAUUUAAGGUAUGAGGUAAGAAUAGUCCGACUCGUGAAACUGCUUGCUUGCUUGUUGCUAGAAAAUAUUGUAAUAAUUUUAUUACGGACUCUAAAAAAUAUUUUUUGAAAAUCUGUAUUUCAAUUUUAUCCCCAGAGUUUCCUUUUGCAUUCUCAAGAUUAAUAUAUUAAUUGAUAUAUUAAUGCGACGUAGGAUAGUUUACUUUUAAAACAAACUUCCUAUAGGCAUUGCUACAAUCUUGGGCAAUUUAUAAAACGCUGGAAGAACACUAACAUCUCUUCAGGCAACAUAUUAAAAAAAAACUUUCAAAAGGCAGCCGAACAUUAAAAGCAUUAACAUUUGCACCACAAUUUAGCCUAAAGUUUGAUCGUUUUUGUUGUAAAAACUUUAUGGCAGAUAAAGUAUAGUAAUUUUUAUACACUAAAACUUUCUGCUCUUCACCUUUUCAACAUUUCGUUGCUAUUUUGAAACAGAUCUUAAAAGUUUUGGAAAUUGUAUUUGCGCCAGAUAUUUUAAAAGUUGUCGCCAUUUUAAACAUUCGCUGUUAUCUUACAGAUAAACUUCCUACCCAGGUAUUCUUUAAUAGUUAAUUGUUAGUUAAUUGUAUUUAUAAAAGAAAUUAAUAAUUUAAAUAUUUAUUUGUUUUUAUAUGCAAGACGAUAACGAAAAGAACAAACGCACACAAA